GGACGGUCAUACCUCCUCGCGGUGCCGCCCUCGACCGCCACUACGCUGAGCUUUCCUGCCAGCGUCGUGCUCAGUCCCCCCCCGGUGCCUUGCAUCCCCGUGGUGCCUUCUAGCCACGGUGCAGUGUACACCUAUGCCCUCCUCAGUAGUCGACUUCCCGACAUCCCCGUCGUGGUUUGCCCCUCUUGCUACUAGAGUUGAGGUAUCGCAGGACCCGACAGAGUGUACUCAGCCCUCUGUCGCAGUACCGUUUGCGCCUCCGCAGACCACCAUUCCCCCUUCUACCCCUUCGCGACUACCGACGCGUCGAGCCAUUCGCUCAGCCCGUUGCAGCGAGGAGCUCGCUACUCACAAGGACGUCGUGUCCUCUCUUGUGGACUUGAGCAUGCUCCAGGCUCGUCAAGAGCGACUCACCCUCCAUGUCGUUGCAGUGCGUCGCCUUCUCACCAUCCUCUGUGACCCUGAUCGCACCCUCGCGAUCAUUCCAGUACGAGUGGGGACCUCCACAAGGGUGUACUUAGCGUUGUGGGAUUCCGGUUCUCAGGGCGAGUUCAUUCACCCACGUGUGGUGAAAGAAGCCUGCUUACCCACGACAGGGUCUCUGACUCCCAUCUAUGUCACUCUAGGGGAUGACAAGACCCAGCGCUUCUUCGAUCAGACGGUCACCGACCUCCCUUUUUUUCUCACUCUCGAGCCGACUGAUUGUCCCCCAGCGUCUCGUCGCCACUGCUCCUCUGCACAUUUCGAUAUGAUGGAGACGGGGUACGACUCCAUUCUCGGCACUCCGUGGUCUCGUCGGCUCCGCAGCAUCGAGACCGAUUGGACGACCAACACUCUCGUUCUCAAAACGAAGUGUGGACAGACGUAUCGCGUACCUUUCAUAGGUACCAAUGCGACACCACGCCCCGAUCCUCAUCCCCCGGAGCCUUCCGUGCCCACACCAUCUCCUUCUAUCGCCGUCACCUCGCCUCGGCAAUUUGCUCACUUCAUUGGACAGGACGGCGUCACCUUCUUUAUGGUGAACGUCACGGAUCUCUUACACUAUGAUCCACCCUGUCCCGACGCCGAGCUCAUCCCUCUGGAGUCAGAUCCUCCUUCUAUCUCCAUGGCUCCCAUCUCUACUUCCCACCCUCCGCCGUCCGUCGAGUCCACCCCGUCGUCGCAAUCCAACGCUGACGCUGAGGAACUCGCACGCUAUACGGCUGACUUGGAGCCCGCAAUUCGUAACCUCAUUCGAGAGUACCACGACGUUUUUCCAUCGUCGUUCUCGUACGCCGGCAUCCCACCGAUGCGCGACGUCGAACACUCCAUCCAGCUUGUGCCUGACUAUCGUGUUCAUCACCAGGCACCCUACAGACUCUCGAUCCUCGAGGCCACCGAACUCAAGCGUCAGCUUGAGGAGCUUCUGAGACUGGGUUUCAUUAAGCCCAGCAACUCCCCGUGGGGUGCACCCGUCCUCUUUGCUCGCAAAGCGGAUGAAACUCUCCGUCUCUGCAUCGACUAUCGCGGUCUCAACCGCUACACGGUUAAGAACAACUACCCCAUGCCUCGUUCCGAUGAGCUGUUCGACCGCCUAGCAGGCAACCGCUUUUUUAUGAAGAUUGAUCUUCAUAGCGGUUAGCAUCAGAUCCGCGUCGCUGCAGCGAACCAGCCGAAGAUAGCGUUCCGAUCGCGCUUCGGCCACU